UCACAAUGGAAAAAAAAAGCUAAGAAUAUAUUCGUUGAAUUGGUCAAAGCUGCAUUCGUUUAAAAAGCUCCAGAAGCAUCUCUUUUCUUUUACAAAAUUUUCUCCGCUGUGGUUGAAACUUUUACAUAUAGGAAGGAAAAAGAGAAGAAAUAUGUCUCAGACUGUGGUUCUAAAGGUGGCUAUGCCAUGUGAGGGAUGCGUGGGAGCUGUGAAGAGAGUCUUAGGCAAAAUGCAAGGUGUGGAGUCAUUUGAUGUGGAUCUGAAAGAACAGAAGGUAACAGUGAAAGGCAACGUGGAGCCAGAAGCUGUUCUUCAGACAGUCUCAAAGACAGGAAAGAAAACAAGUUUCUGGGGAGCUGAUGAGGCUGAAACCGCCAAGGCCUAAAUAUAACAAGCAAUAAAAGCAUCCUACAUGUUAUAAUAACUCUGUUUUAGCAGAGAUUCCCAAAUAAAAUAGAAAUCAUAUGUAAUACAAAGUCAAUAAAUCUAAUCUCUAAACAACCCUUUUGCUUUUUAAAA